ACGAGCAUAAAUACAGCGGUACAGAACAGCUUAGAACGGCGUCGAUUCUUCUAAAACCCAAGAGGCACCAGAAGAACUUCGAAGAGGUGAAAAGCUUCGUCAAUGGCGUACUUGCUCUCCGUAAGCUUCUCUACGCCUCUCUGUAAUCCACGAAUCCAACUUCAGGAAGUACAGCCAAGGAGAUUAUCUCCUGGUAGACUCUCAAGACAAGCAAAUGCCAGAACAGCUCCAAAGCUUCUUGCCACGUGCAAUGCAAAUAGCGGCAUUUUGUCUGUGAGUUGGAGUCAUCGCCAUCAUUUAGUGACACCCUCAAGAUAUGUCUCUGAAAUUACUUCCUAUCCUUGUAAUGUAGGUUAUUGUACCCAUAUGGUGAUGGCUGGUUAUUGGGUUGGACCUGAUCCUGAUGAUGGUUGGGGCUUUGUUGAAGCUUUUGUCAAUCAAACCUUUUGAUUUUUGGUUUAUUUUGCUUACCUUACUA